AUGCUUACUCUAUAUGAUUCCGAAACCGAUUUGAAUACAGUAGAGGAGGCAGAAAAUCCUGACGACUUUGGCGGCCUUGAACCUGGAAAUGAAGUUGAGGAGAAAGACAUCGUGGACACAGGUGAAGAAGAUGGACACGAUGACACCGCGAUUUUCUGUGCAGAUGAGGAUGAGGACAAUGGUAGCGAUGACGAGGACACCAAUUCUACCGAAUCUAAUGCCGAACACCACUUUGCAGAGAAGUGUCUGGAGUCAAUCGGAGCUUCGACAGCAUGGUGCGUCUGGGUGGACGGAGCCAGAGACACCUUAUGUGUUCGAGCUCCUGCAAGCGCCUUAUAA